CGCUACCUUCAGAUGAUAGCCUUCCUGAGUCAGCCAUGGGGAGAAAGGACUCAGUGUGGUCUCUUGGAGAAGGACAGUCUGUGGAAGAACUGGACAAGCCUGUGGAGAACACCCAGCUCUCUACCCUGCUCAUAGAGAAACCCCAGAGUGGCUCCAUCAGUGUGGGUGAAGACAUAAGUUUCGUUGCCAAGGUGGAGGCCAAAGACCUGUUGCGCAAACCCACCAUCAAAUGGUUCAAAGGGAAGUGGAUGGAUCUGGCCAGUAAGACCGGGAAGCACCUGCAGCUGAAGGAGAGCUUUGACCGCUUCACCAAGGUUCAUACAUUUGAAAUGCACAUCAUGAAGGCCAAAGAUAACUUUACUGGGAAUUACAGGUGUGAGGUUACCUACAAGGACAAAUUUGACAGCUGCUCCUUUGAUUUAGAGAUUAAAGACAUCCCUGAAGCCUCUCCUAGCAUUGACAUUCGAUCAGCUUUUAAAAGAAGCAGUGAAGGACAAGACGAUGCAGGAGAGCUUGACUUUAGUGGUCUCCUUAAACAUAGGGAGCCGAAGCAGGACGAUACCCCGGAGGUGGACGUGUGGGAAAUCCUGAAGAACGCCCGGCCGGAUGAGUAUGAGAAGAUCGCUUUCAUGUACGGCAUCACUGACCUGAGGGGUCUGCUGAGGAGACUGAAGAAGACCAAGAAGGAGGAGAAGAAAAGUGAAGCUUUUGCCAAAAAGCUGGAGCCGGCAUAUCAGGUGGACAAGGGUGGAAAGAUCCGGUUUAUGGUGGACCUGGCUGAUCCUACUGUGGAGCUGAAGUGGCUCAAGAAUGGCCAAGAGAUCAGGCCCACCCCAAAGUACAUCUUUGAGCACAAAGGCACCCAGCGGAUAAUGAUCAUCAAUAACUGCACCCUGCAGGAUGAUGCUGCCUACACCGUCGCUGCUGGUGAAGAGAAGUCCACCACUGAACUGUUUGUUAAAGAGUUACCAGUGAAGAUAACUAAAGAGCUGCAACCAGUGAAAACCACAGUGAAUGAACGAAUCGAGUUGGAGUGUGAGGUGUCUGAAGAUGGAGCUCCAGUUAAAUGGAUGAAGAAUGGCGUGGAGCUCCCAAUCGGAGUCCGCUCUCGCUACCGAGUCAAGAGCGACGGGAAUAAGCACUAUCUGAUCAUCGACGAUGCCAUGAAAGAGGACACCGGCACUUAUUCCGUGAUGGCCACAGGUGGCACCAGUCAGGCCCACAUUCAAGUUGACUUAAAACCUCUGAAGAUUCAUCAGGACCUGAGUGGCCAGACGAUCCGUUUGGGUCAGCCCCUCAAGCUGCACUGUGAGAUCUCCCCCGGGAACGUGCCAGGACGCUGGUACCGGAACGGCCAGCUGAUCCAGCAGAAUGACCACAUCAAUAUCACACACAGAGCCAGGAACCACAGACUAGAAAUUGAGAACGCCUCGAUCCAUGAUGCGGGGGAUUACACCUUUGUGCUGGAGGGGUACACUCAAAGCCUUUCUUGCAGAGUCCACAUAAUAGAUCCCCCCAAAGUGCACUUGGACAGUCUAAAUUUCCCGGAUAACACUGUGACCAUUGUGGCAGGAAACAAAUUACGUCUGGAGGUCCCAAUCAGUGGAGAGCCUGCCCCCAGAGUGGUGUGGAUGAAGGGGGAAAGGGUUAUCCCGGAAUUGGGCAGUAGGGUUCGAGCAGAGACGUUCCCUGACCACACCAGCCUCACAAUAGAUGUCACAGAGCGGGGUGACACAGACAGCUACAAGAUUGUGGUGCAGAAUGAAGCAGGAGAGGAUACAGCCACUGUCAAAGUCAAGGUCGUUGACAUUCCCGACCCCCCGGAGGCCCCAAUGGUUCCUGAGGUGGGAGGAGAUUGGUGUUUGAUGGCCUGGGACCCGCCUGUCUAUGAUGGAGGCUCACCCCUCUUAGGUUACUUCAUUGAGAGGAAGAAGAAACAGAGUUCCAGGUGGAUGCGACUGAACUUUGACCUUUGCAAAGAGACAAGUUUUGAACCUAAGAAGAUGAUCGAAGGUGUUCCCUAUGAAGUGCGAGUGUUUGCAGUGAAUGCCAUUGGCACAUCCCGCCCCAGCGAUCCUUCCAGAGCCUUUAUACCCUUGGCUGUUACAAGUGAUCCGACAGUGCUGGUGGUGGAUGAUGUCACAGACACAACAGUGACGAUGAAGUGGCGCCCCCCUGACACCAUUGGUGCAGCCGGGCUGGAUGGCUACGUAGUGGAGUACUGCUUUGAAGGAACCGAAGAGUGGGUUGUGGCUAACCCGGAGAUGACAGAGAAAACCAAGUACACCAUCACAGGUCUGCCUCCAGAGAGCAAGAUCUUCGUGAGGGUGAAGGCUAUCAAUAAAGCAGGGUCCAGCAUACCACGGACACUCCAACACCCCAUUCUGGUCAAAGAGAUCAUUGAACGUCCCAAGAUUCGCCUGCCCAGACAUCUGAAGCAGACGUACAUACGCAGGGUCGGAGAGGCCAUUAAUCUUGUCAUUCCCUUCCUGGGGAAGCCAAGACCAAAGGUGAGCUGGUUGAAGGGGGGGCAGGCUGUGGACCCUACACAGGUGAGCAUUCGCAACAGUGAAUGCGACAGCAUUAUCUUCAUCCGCAAGGCUGAGAGGAAGCACUCUGGGAAAUAUGAGAUGUCCGUGCACGUGGAGAACUAUGUGGACACUGCCAUUUUAGACAUCCAGAUUGUGGACCUCCCUGGGCCCCCACAGUGUGUGAAGAUUGAAGAAGUGUGGGGAGAGAAUGUAGCAUUGGAAUGGAUUCCCCCAAAGGACAGUGGCAAUGCACCGAUAUCAGGCUACACCAUUCAGAAAGCAGACAAGAAGACAAUGGAGUGGUACACGUGUGUGGAGCACUACCACCGCAACUGCAUCACCCUCACAGAGUUGGUCGUGGGGAACGAGUACUUCUUCCGCAUCUUCUCAGAGAACAUGUGUGGGCUGAGCGAGUGUGCCACUGCCACCAAGGACAGUGCGUUCAUCUUGAAGGAGGACCUUAACCUGAAGAUCCCAGAGUACAACGAAUACGACUUUGCAGAGGCACCCAACUUCACUCAGCCCCUGAUCAACACAUUUGCUAUCGCCGGCUACAACGCCACACUCAACUGCAGUGUCCGCGCCAACCCCCGGCCUAAAGUGAUAUGGAUGAAAAAUAAGAUUGCUAUCAUUGACGACCCACGGUACCGCAUGUUUAGCAACCAAGGCGUGUGUACCCUGGAGAUUCGUAAGCCGAACCCCUAUGAUGGGGGCACCUACACCUGCAAAGCCAUCAAUGACCUGGGGGAGGCGCAGGUGGACUGUAAGCUUGAAGUGAAAGGGGGCUUUACCUUCUAUGAGCUAAUGCAGAGGGGAGUGCCUUUACAACUGAUUGAUAAGUACAUGAAGGGCUCUGAGCCAGAGGGGAAGUGAAGAGAUUGACCACUGCUACAGCUGGGCUUUCCGGAAACCAUAUUACCACUGGUUACCUAUAUCUCUUUCUCCUUAGCAACCUCCUUAGCUCUCCUUACCUUAGCAACCCAGAGCCAGUGGUGCUGGGGAGGGGGGAGUCUUUCUGUAGUCAGACAUAAAGCCAUGUACCUGGUUAUACCAUAAAAGUGUAUGUUUGACAUCAGCUGUCACA